GGUGGAGGCAGCACAGGCCAGCAGUGUGCACUGUGCGUAAAGAAGGAGAGGCAGCGAGCAAGCUGAUCGUCCGCUCCGCGUGUGUAUAUAGUAUAGUGCGCGUAUAUAUAACACCACAAGCGAACGUCGCGAGUUGCCUUGUCCACCGAGAGUCGCGUAUAUCCUGGUGCUGCAUCGCUCGUCGGCUCGAGGAUGCUGGUGAAGAAUUGCCCGGAGCCUUUGGAGGGCCUCGACGACGCGGCGAUUCGCAGCUCGGCGACGCCGCACCGCAUCAACAUGCCGAGUGCAGAGGAGGAGGAGCUGCUACGAAACGGCAAUAAGCGACGCGGCGUCGCCGCCGACGACAGGAAGGACCAGCCCGACAAGUUGAUCAAGCUGCCUGGACCACGAGUCAGGAAGCAGAGCAAUCUCGCACUUGCCCGAGCGCCGAUCGUCAGCCCCAAGAUCAUCACGGACAAUCACAAGCUCACCGAGUACUUUCCCGUGAGACGGAGCGUCAGAAAGUGCAAGAAGGCCGUACUCGAGGAGAGGCAGCGCGACCUCGAGAACAAAGUCCUCUGUGGCGUCGAGGAUGGACUGCAGGUGAGGCACUUUCCUGGCAAAGGACGAGGAGUGGUCACGACCAGAGAUUUUGUCAAGGGAGAGUACGUGGUUGAGUAUAUUGGAGAGCUCAUAGAUCAAAUGACAGCGAAGAAGAGAGAGGCCAAGUAUGCCAAAGAUCAAAACGCUGGCUGCUACAUGUAUUACUUUCAGCACAGGAAUCAACAGUAUUGUGUUGAUGCUACAGCAGAGUCUGAGAAGCUUGGAAGGUUAGUUAACCAUUCGAGAAAUGGAAAUUUGGCGACAAGGAUCGUCGAAAUAGGAUCUAUACCACAUCUUGUGUUGAUAGCCAAGGAAGAUAUCCCUGCUGGCGUAGAGGUUUCUUACGAUUACGGGGAUAGGAGUCGGGAAUCUAUUCUAAAUCAUCCAUGGCUAGCUUCGUAGUUACAAAAUUAUGACUGAUAGAUUUUUAAAAUGUAUUAUAGCUCCAAUUUGAAUAUUUGUAAUUUUUAUUUUAAUUGAUCAUGAUUUUAAUGCAUUCAUAUAUAAAUUUUGCGUUUUGAGCUAACUCGAGUUUCAAAUAUUUGUAUCGCGACUGCCAGAAUCACGGUAUUUUUCAUCGUGAUCUUUACCCGUGUAAUGUCAGGUGUAAAUGGAAUUGUUAUUAAUGCGACAUGACUGCGUAUGUUGUAUGUUGUCGAAAGUUGCUUGAUUGAUAAUGCUGGUUAACAAGGGGUACUUCUAUAUUAUUAUAAUCAUAUUUCUUAUUGCACGUUCAUCACAUAUAUGUUUCGAGAGGUAUUACUAGAUGCUAUUUUGCAUAACAUAUUUUAUGCACUAUAUAUGUUAUCAGUUUUGUCACUCAAGUAGCUAGAAAAUAAAGAAACAAAAUGUUUGUAUGUUGAAAUCAUUAUACUAUUGGUAGUGCUGAAAUUCUUGCAUAAUAUUCUAGCUAUAAUCUGUGCAAGGUUUAAGAUCAAUCAAUUCGAUAGCUUAUGUAUUUAAUAUAUUUGAAGCAAUUAGAGGUAAAUGAACUUACUGAAUUUCGACAUCACAAAUCAGUACAAAAUUAAAUUAUAUUUAUUUGCCAAUAUAAUUGCCAAUAUGGAUAAUUGCAUUAUAAAGAAUAAUAUUUAUUCAAUUGCAUAUGAUUUAUACAUUCAAUCAACUUGUUGUAGUGUACAUCACAAGUAUAUUUAACAUAAUAGUAUCUGUUUUCUCACAUUUAAUUCAUAUUUUUAAUGCAUCGCAAUUGUUUAUGCUUAGCUUACAGUUUAACAAUUAUUUAUUGUCAAAAAAAUUAUUUUGUCUUCUAUUUUAUGCAUAAGUGCAAAUACUGCCUAUAUGAUUAUUGUAAAACAAGUUUAUCGUAGGAAAAUUUAAACAGGAUGAAGCUAUUUUUUUUCUACAAACUAAAUUAUCAAGUACAAAAGGUUAAUUUACCUUAAUGGUUGAUGUAUGUGUAGCAUCAACAGCUUUCCUUUAAAACAGACAAAUUUUAUGAAGUAUACAUAAUUUUUAUUUGAAUGAAAAUUUUUAAAGAUGGAUACAAUAUUUUAUUUUAAAUAUAAUAAAAAUAACCACAAAAGGUAUUUUUAAGAAUCAAAAA